AGCCGAGUUGGCCGGGUGCUGGGGACAGCGUAGCACCACCCGGGGGAGGGAGUUGAGAGCGGCCAGCGCUGCCUAAGGAGGCGCCGCUGUACGCAUUGUCGGGCUUGGGCAGAGGGGACGGCCUCCGACCCGCUCCUUCCGGCUGCCAGGCACGGGCUCCAGGCGGAGGGCUGGAAAGGGUCCAUCCCCACGCGAUACAAGUGUCUUCGAGCCGGAGGGGCCUUUUCGAGGACCUCCAGUCUCUCCUGCCGGCCCCUCACAAAAUGUGCCACUAGGGUCGCGAGAAGGGGCGGAGGGAAUGGGAAAGAGACCCUCCCUCCCCUCUGCCGGCUGAGAAUGUCUGUUACUCGUUUGAUCCCGCCGUACUCCUAUAACAGCUUGGGUGCAGGCUCUGGCCGCGGAAACUCGGAGGCUGGCAGCUGGGGUCGUCUCCAAGGCGUCUCCGAACAAUCCGGAGAGCGGGAUCAAAGGAGGGCGGGUUCCCAGGCAGCCAAGGGGCUCUGCCCGGCACCGGAGGACGCAGAGCCCGCCUCCUCGGAAACCAGCCUCCCCUGAAGCCUGCGCAGUAGCGCCCCGGCCUUUUUAAAGCCGUUGCAGAGGCCGCGGUCACGUGGGGCGAAUUCCUGGAAAGUUCCUGGAAAGCGGCCUCCGCGGCAGUCGGGCGGGGCCCUCUUGGAGCUCAAACCGUAGAGGGAGGCGGAGAGCUUGGGAGGCGCGUCCGGCUGGAAUUCGUGCUCACACAGCGCUCCGGGUACUGACGUUUAACUCUUGCCAAGUCUUGCCGCUGCCGCCGCCACUGCCGCGGCUCGAGGCCUUGGGCUUCCCCUGAAGCAUGAGCCUCCUCGCCCGCCGCUACCAGCGCUGCGCGGGCCGAGGACAGCGCGCGCCCGGACUCUGGGCGCACAGUGGGGGUGCCGGAGCCGCUCCAGCAGGGGCAGGCGGCAGGUCUCGCAGCUCUCGCUGCAGCCUGCUCGCCCGCGACCCACCCCGGGCUCCGAACACCAGCGAAGCCUGAGCGCUGAAGUCGAUUCCUCGACAGCGCCUGUGGCAGCAACAACAGCAGCAGCCGCCACGACUCCCAGCGGCGCCCCCCACCCCUGCCCGAAGCGAGGGGAGGGUAGCCAGGCUGCCUCGGAGCCAGAGAUACUGCAACUCCAGCACCUUGUCACCCCAGGCUGCUGGCUUCGGCCCCAGGAACCCUGGGGCACCGUAGGGCACCGAGUUUGUGCCGGUCACUUUCUCGCGGGGCUCUUCGGGCUGUGUGGAGUGUGACAAAGGAGUGUAGUUUUGGGAGCUCUCCUGUUAAUUGCCUUUAAACAAUUUUUACCAUUUGUCCUUGACUAGGGCCUAUUUACUACUGUGCCUGCAGGCAAACUGUGGGUGACCGCGCCUGCGGGGGACUUGGCCAUCUGUCCACUGGGACCUGGGGAGGAAGAAUCAGCAGCUCUCCACCCCCUCCCCCUCCACCACCAUUUUGGAUACCCCGCGGGGACGUGUUUUGGGGUUCCCACUGACUUCCAGGAAGGACGAGUGCCCCUCUCUGACCCCAGCUCCGGCGGCCACCUCUGUUUGCUCUGGUGACCCUUUGCCCAUGACCCUGCGGUGCCUCGAGCCCUCUGGGAAUGGCGCGGAAGGGACGCGGGGCCAGUGGGGGACCGCGGGGACCGCAGAGGAGCCGUCCCCGGAGGCGGCGCGUCUGGCGAAGGCCUUGAGGGAGCUCAGUCAAACAGGUUGGUACUGGGGAAGUAUGACUGUUAAUGAAGCCAAAGAGAAAUUAAAAGAGGCUCCAGAAGGAACUUUCUUGAUUAGAGAUAGUUCGCAUUCAGACUACCUACUAACGAUAUCUGUUAAAACAUCAGCUGGACCAACUAAUCUUCGAAUUGAGUAUCAAGAUGGGAAAUUCAGAUUGGACUCUAUCAUAUGUGUCAAGUCCAAGCUUAAACAAUUUGACAGUGUGGUUCAUCUGAUUGACUACUAUGUUCAGAUGUGCAAAGACAAGCGGACCGGCCCCGAAGCCCCCCGGAACGGCACUGUUCACCUUUACCUGACCAAACCGCUCUACACGGCAGCGCCACCUCUGCAGCAUCUCUGCAGACUCACCAUUAACAAGUGCACCGGCACCAUCUGGGAACUGCCUUUACCAACAAGACUAAAAGAUUACUUGGAAGAAUAUAAAUUCCAGGUAUAAGUGUUUCUUUUUUUCUUAACAUGCCUCAUAUAGAGUAUCUCCGAAUGCAGCUACAUAAAAAAGAACCCCAGAACUUGAGUGACUGCUCUGGAUAACUACAUGGAAUUCUAAAAACAGCUGAAGGAAUCUAACUUAGAUGUGUGAUGAAGUAGCGAGGUAAAGUUUCCUCAACUAUUUUCACCUGAAUAACACUUCCCUUCCUGAGGCUAAGACCAGUUGAUCUUGUAAGUUAAAAAUUAAAUAUCCCAAGUAAAGGCUGAAGUAACAUUUUUAUCAGAAUGCCUUGCCUUUUGAGAUUCCUUCCUUGUUGGUUGAAGGUCCAAGCACCAGUGAACGAACUCCACGGAGGGGCACUGAGAGGGAAGGAAGCUAACGCAGGCUGACUUCAGUUGUAAAUGCCUGGUGAUCCGAGUCUGUUUUGGACAUGUUGUCUUUUGCAUUCUGAUGUACCUAGGGGUUUUGUUGAUCAGAUUUACUUGUGAGUGUUUAUCCUUCAUUUUAUGCAAUUAACCAAAUCAACCAAAAAAGUGACCAUGAAAUCCUGUAUUUGUCUUUUUACUAUACGUUGAACUCUCUCAUGUGAACGAGUACUGUAGUAAUCUAUUUUAAGGGAGCCUUACUUCUGACAUUUCAAAUUGGUGCAAACGGAAAAGACUUAGUCUUUUCCUUUAAGGCUAAAGACAAGAAUGUCCUGCUAUACAGGUGCAACCCAACCCCUGUUCAUUAAACCAUGUAGAUAUAGACAUAUUACCCUUUGAAGUAGCUGUGCCCCGACGUUUUCCCGUGGAUUUUUUUGGAAAUGGCUUUAGAAAUUUUCAAGGUGUCCUUGAAUUGUCUAGCCACAGACACCAGUGGUUCUCUCCCUUCUACCAUGUAGAACACUUUGACUUAAUUUUCUUCCAGACAUAGGGGGAUACCUGCCUGUUUUUCAAAGUGUUUAUUUACUGCUGUUACUAUUUGAUUAGAAUGUAUUAAAUAAAAAACACCCUGACUUUUACAAGUUGCACUUAUAUUACUUUGAAUUGUAGAAAACAUACAUUUUUUUUGUGGUAGUGUAAUAGAGGGUUGCCAUAAAAACAAGUCAAGUGAAAUAAACCAAAUAAAGAUUCAUCAAGAGGUGGAGCAUUGCUUGCCCUUCUCUGAAGCUAUGGGUCAUACUUGCCCUUUGCAUUUUGGGAAGCACGGCUUAGAAACUACGAGACUUGCCAAGUGGCCCUUACACAGGUUGAACAGGCAUGACAGCAAUGCCCUUUGUAUUUCCAAAAACAUGGGUUAGAAACUACAAAACUAACAUACCCUAGUCUUUUACAGGUUGAGUAGACAUAGCGCAAAAUAAAAAUAAAGUUCUAUGGCCAGGUACUCUAUGCCACACAGUCUCAUACUGUCGCAAAUGUGCUGCCUUUUGGAGUACGGACGUAAGAAAUCUGCCUGCACAGCUGCGUGCGAUGGGGUGUCCCUCGGAAGGCGAACCUGGCGUAGCGUGUGUCCUGAGUGAAUUCUGCUAAGACAGACAUAAUUUACGACUAUAAAGUAUAGCAAAACCUGUGCAAAUAAUUUCAUGACACUCGGGAAGUGGUUUUGUGCCUGUGUAUUCAAACAGCAGAGCCAAAGAAAAGAUAGCUUGGUGUCCCGUAGGAAGAAUUCAUUUUAGCCUGAAAUUUCAAGAACAGCCAUACUUUUAGGGCCUGGUCUAUGAUCAAGGGUUAACCUUUUUAGUGAGAUGUACAGGUUCUGUGCGUUACUUACCCAUUUUCUCCACUGAAAACAGUUGUCUAAUGUGGGAUGUUUAGCUUCCCUGGCAAAAAUUCCACGUGGCCAGUGACAAGGGGCUUCGUGGGAUUUCCUCAAGGUCUGUCACACAUCUGCUCUCUUUGUUUCAAACAGUCUGCAGUUUUCCUUUAUUGAGUCUUGGAUGCAGUAGUGGGGCAUGAGUACCUGUGACACCAUAGAAAGUUCUGCAUUGUUGCUGGCAGGUGACUGAGGACAGCAAAGACAUCUCUGGAGUGUGCUGUGGAACUGUGGCCUUACAUUUCAAUCUUCCCUGUUUCGAGUAUGUUGAUAAGCAUUAGGAGACAAUCUCUUUCUCUCUUUUUGUUUUAUCUUGUUUUACAAUUACUAACAUCAUGUUGAGUUUAUUGUGUGCCCGGUUCUUAGCCCUGGACAUGCAUUAUAUAAUUUGAACUUCGUACGGACGGAAUGGGCAGAGCACAGCGAUCACAGGAGGCACACCUGACUUGGGCAUGAGGACGCAUUCCAAGAAUAUCCUGGCCCUCUGUAUUCCUGGAGAGGAAUUACAAAGAGCAAAUUGCUGCUAUUUCUAUAUUGAUCCAGAUGAGCAAAUACGAGCAGGCCAUAAUAGGAACCCUCAGCAGUUCUGUUGCUGCCUCAACUGGAAAAGUAUAGGUGCCUUAAUUAGCACUGUGCUGUGUGGGAUUUCAGUCAGCUGGGCCCAGUGGUUUUCUGCUGGUACCGGGGUGGGUCAGGAAGGGUUUCACUGUUUUACUGUUUGGGGGCUGGUCCAUGAUGCCAAUGACCAAUUAUUGGUAGCCCCAUUUCAUGGACUGUUGAACAAAGAAAGUUAAGAUAUACAUUUGUCUAAACCUCAACAGAGCCAAGAAAACUAUCUAGGGAUCUCUUUUUAUGUAGGGCAUUUUCAGACUUUAGUGAGGGUAUGUAUGUAUUAUUGUUGCUAUGUUGAAAAAUAUAGUAUAUAGUAUCCCCUCAAAUUCAAAAUACUUUGAGUUUCCAUUGGGAGCAAAGUUGAGGCAGUGGAGUUUUUCAUUCUAUAAAAGUGAGCACUGGGGACUACUUUUUGAGGAGUUGGGUUUUUGGGGGGCUUUGGACAGUGGAGAAAAGGCAGUUCAGCUUAGGAGCUAAGAGUUCUUUUCUGGCAUGUUAGUAAAAAAGUCUUGACUUCAUAGUAAUUAUGUAAUCCAAAUAGGUAAGAGAAUGGUACAGUUGUUUGGGAGUGUUUAUUUUCUUGGGAAGGAUUUUCUCUGCUUUUAGAAAAUUGUACCCUGGUAGGAGGGUAAGAGAGAGACGUCAUCAGAUAAUCCACAGGAUGGAAUGUCCUGAGACCAGGCCCUGUUCUGCUCCGAGUGGGCGUAGGCGUGGAAUGGUGGGGGUGAGUGGCCGUGGUUACAGCCAGCAGCCGGCUUAGACCUCUCUUGUCUCCCACUGGUCAUUUCUAGCUUUUGCAAAAAAAAGUGUCGUCAUUCAUUCUAGGCUUUUCACUUACUAAGAGGCCUGUACAUUCCUCUUUCAUUUUUAACUUCUUAGAAUUUUGAAGCUUGAAACCACUUUUCUGAUCACGUAUUUUAGUUUUGCCGUUUUACUGAAGCCUUUCGGAGAAGGUCAGGAAAUUCUUGUGGAUGUGCACAAACACACACAAUUCAGCAAAUCAAUGGCAGAGUCAGUGGACACAUAUGAAUGCAUUUGUAGAAACUGCACCCUUCUACUCUUUGUUCUUUAAACUGUCGAUACUCUAUUUUGCUGCCUUGGAAGCCCUGCAGCUCUUUAAACAUCACAUUUCUCUUCCUCUGAAAUUAGACGGCAGGCAGGCCUUUGGAGUAUGGUACGGGAUAAUCCCAGUUCUCAGCUCCUUCCGCCCCACUUCAAAAGGCUUCUGCCGGGUUUCCUGAUGUCCACAUUAGAGUUUUGCGUUCACUUUAACUCCUCAAUGCUUCUAACCUAUUUGCUGUUUUAAUGUCUAAAACCUGCCAUCCAUGUUCUUUUAUGAUUUCAUUCCUGCCUCUGCCAGAUGUGACUCACACACAGCCGUGUCCGGGUGACUGCCCACCUCCUGUCCACACCGGUGGAGUCUGCUCUUUCUUCCACCCGCUCGUGGGCAUGAGGCGCAGUUAAUUCCCGCCUCACUCUCUGCCGUCUGUGUCCUCGAGUUGCCCUUUAGUUCGUCUGACAGACAGCCCUGUUGGCCAUAUCAUACUUCAGUUAAAGAAGGCAAUUAUAUUCUCCUUGAGUUGGGUAAUCGAAUGAUGUAGGAUACCUUGAGAUGAAAUCUCUGAGUCUUUCUCCUUGAUUCCUUUCAGGUUUUUAAACAAGUAGCCAGCCCCAAAUACCACACUUCUGUUAUGUGCAUGAUUUAUGUGUUUAUUUUUACCUAAAGUAUGAGGGGCUCCUUAAGUUACAUUUCAUUUGAUUGCAGUGAAAAUGCCCUCCAUUUCUUUCUUCUGCUUGUCUAUGUAAGAAUGAUUCUGUGAUAGUCUUGUUUCACUCCGACGUAGACAAAUAUUCUUCCCCAUCUUCACAUAUUUUUCAUUGUUUUUCUAUUUUUCUCCUCUGUGGCUUAACUUCAGGUUACUUAACUUUAUUACCAAAGUAAAGUAACAGCUGUCACUAGAGUAGCCUCUCAAAGCCCCAAAGCCUCCAGCGCCGAGAUAGUAAAUAAGCUGAAAUCACAGAGCAAAGCUGGAUAUUCCUUCCUACACCCCCGGAGCUUUGUCAACAAGAGGCUGGAUCUAACCAUUGUCACAGUGAAUGGGGUUCAUGUCAGUAAAUGUUUAGUGAGCCAUAAAAAUAAAACUGCUUUUCCAGACAAUCUCACUUGGAACCGUACCCUUCACUUACAGGAAGUCUGACGUGCCCUGGAGGUCAGGUGCACGUUCUGUGAACUAUUACUCAUGUGGCGCUGCCUCUCUCAGAAACAGAGGGAAGGGAUAUACAAGCCAGAGUCCUAGAGAGAGGGAAGGAGGGACGGCCAGCUGCCUUCCCCUUCUGCUCAAGUAUUAAUAUCACCCAAGGAGCCCCAUUUCUAUGGAGGAGAGUGAGACUUCGUCACAGAGUUCCAUAAAGUUUUCCUGUAUUUUCCCGGUUUCCAAGUGUGUUCAAGAUAAAAGUUUAUAUUUUGUUAAAUGGUUUUCCCUUCUGUUAGUUUGGUAUGCUUUUUUUUUUUCCUGUUUAGAUUUUUGUCCAGAGAGCUGCUAUGAUCCUUAACAUUUAGAAAAAUAUUUUCCAUGUUAUUUCUACCCAGAGAAGUUGUUUGAUUUCCCAUUUUAACCACCCUUCUGCCAUCUUGAUGAACUUGAUUGUUUUCAGGUUUCCAGCAUAGUUUGUUUCUCAUUUCUAUUCCCAGGUUGUAACCAUCAGUGCUAUAUUUGGUCAGAAAGUAUGUUUGCACUUUGCACAUUUGAUUAGGGCAUCUGCUUUCAGUUAUCUGCAGCAGUAGGGGCAGAGAGAAUGGGGUCGUUGAAACUCAUAAAUACAUCUAGCUAAUUCUGGUUUCACCUUUCUCCCCAUUCAAUCUCCUUUGCUAGAACUACUGAUAGAAAAAUUACUUCUUUGUUUACUCACUUCAUUUUCCCUGUCCAUCAGACAAUGAGAAUCUUAAUUAACAACAAAGUGACUAAAAAGAUGGCAAGAUGAGAAAAUUAAGGGGAAUCAGUGGUGUGCUGAGGACUCCUGAGAGGGAUUUUGUGAAUUAAAUCGUUCUGGGUAAAUCUUUGGUAGAUAGAAACCAGCCGCAGUGGGACUAUUUAUGCUGCGGAACCUGUAUGCCACUAGGAGUGUAUGUCUUCAGAGCCCUGAUGAGAGUGUGAUAAGGUUGAAGAAGUGGGUGGAGGUGAGCAGGAGCAGACCUUAUCAGCCAUACUGAGGAGCUUGAACUUGUGCAGAGGGCAGUGGAUGAAAGCUUUUUAAAAUGGGGGUGUAACUGAACUAGGCUUGUAUUUUAUAUCCCUUGGAAGCCCUUUGGAAAAUGGCUUGGAACAAAGCAAGAGUGCAGUUAAGGAGACUGGUUAGGUGUGAGCUGAUAGGAGUGAAGGGGUGGGAACGAGGCAGUGGUUGGGGAAAAGAUUGGGGAGGGGGGCAGAUGUGGACCCCCACUGGCUGUAGGCUCACAUUUGUGCUGGACUUUGGGUUCCACAGGUACAUGCUUCUCUGUGAAGAGCAGCUUCCACUCCAGGUGAGUUUAGGUAGUUGGCAGAUUCCAUUCCCAAAAUGUAGGAGUGGUGGUGCAGGGGGCAGAACCUUGACCUAGGAGGUGAAGAAUUUGGGGUUCACUCUUGGUUGUCUGAGUGUAAGCCAAAUACUAAAGCUGUGAAAUGAGGAGCUUGGCACCUCCAUGGCUCAGGUACGGAGCAGUCUGUCUCCCAGCUGGUGCGCGCAUGGCCAGAGAGGCAAGCUCUACAUUAAACUGUAGUGUAGACUUUGCCUCUAAUUCAUAAUAUAUUCUCAUUUAUUUUGAAAAAAAAAAACACUAGCUUCCUCUUAACUCUAGACUUUUUCACAGCUGGAGUCAGUUAACUCCAUUUUUAUUCUGGUUAAAAGAAUUUUGUGUUUUCAUACAGCUGUGGAUCUCUGAGCUCUACCUAUGUAAGGAAGGAGCAGUUCGGACUGAGAUUUUUAAAUCUUGGUUCUGAUGGAGAAACAGGGAUCUGCUGUGUGUUGGCCAUUAUCACAGUAACCCUCUGGAUGAAUUCUCAUUAUGAGGGGACCUGGGGGUCUGCCUUUGCUCUGUUCCCUGAGCCAAUAGAAUAGAUGUGAUCCCAGACAAUUGUAGACAAGUGAUACAUUUUGACAGGUCAUUUUUCCUAUUUACAUAGAUUGUUCUCAUUUCUGAUUGAUCCUCAAUGGACAGGGUGCCAGUGAGCUUUAUUUUUCUUUUUCUCUGUCAAACAAGUCAAAGGAAAAAAAGAAGGAAGAAAGGAAGGUGAAGGAAAGAAAAGAAAUGAAGAAGAAAGGAAAGGGAAGGGAAAGGGAAAGGAAAGGACAGGAAAGGAAAAGGAAAAGGAAAAGGAAAAGGAAAAGGAAAAGGAAAGAAACCAAACCACAAAAAACCUGGAAAGUACUAAAGGAAUUCUUAGAGUCUUUGGUAAAGUGAAAAGACUCUUCUUGGAAGAUAAGUGAUCCAACCCAUAUUCAUCUUGUUGAUUUGGAUUUUCUUGGAUCUUUUUUAAAGUGGGGCGCACCUCUGACCGAGGGGCACCCUCUCGGAGGGUGGAUAUGUACAGACCUCAUAGGCAGAGGCUCUGUGCCUGGUAAUGGCUGAAAGUCCCGAGAGAUCCAGGUUGCAGCUGCCGUGGGAUUUAUGAUGUUCCAGGGAUGGCAGUGAGGUGGCCACUCUAUAACAAAUGAACUCUUGGGCUUCCAGUGAACUGGAAAAAGCUAGAACAUUUAGUAAUGUCAGGCACUAUACUUGACACUUUACAAAUAUGACCUCAUUUAGUGCUCCCAACAAACCUUUGAGAUAGAUUCUGCUUUUAUCUCCACUUCACAGAUGAGGAAACUGACGAAGGAAGAUGUAGUGACUUAAGAGGGAGAGCUAAGAUUUGAACUGAAGCCAGUCUGACUCCAAACCCAUGCUUUUAUUCACUCUUCUAUCCUUUUUCUCAAUAAGCUUGCAAAUGCUGUUAAGCUCUGAGGCCUGCAGCCAGCAUGGACCUCAAUGAUGUGCGCUAGGCCAUGUGCCUUUUAGUCACAUGCAGUGAGUAGAGAGGGCUAUGACCCUGUCUGCCCAACUUGUGAUUCUGGUAUUAUUAGGACUUUGGUUUCAGAAGUAAUACAAGAUCUCCCCAAACCCUGAGCAUCCACCUUGGAAGGAUUCCUUCCAUCUGAAUUUCUGAAUUUAUACCUCUCCUCCCUUCCUCUAAUCUUCAGGAUCAAUCCAGUGCAACUAUAAGCUGCCAUCUCUUCCCCAUCACCCCUUUCCCUUCUCUGUAGGUAAAUUGUAUAAACAAUGCAUCCGUCAUAAUAAGAUAGGUUAUGCUGCAAAACAAAUAACCCCAAGCUCUCAGUGGCUUAAAAUAACAGUGUAUAUCCUGAAAUAACAGGAUAUAUCCUGAAAUGUCGAGAAAUCUACAGAUGUCUGUCUUGUGUCACUGGGGAGUCUGUUAGUCAUUUGGGAACCCAGGCUGACAAAGCUGUCCCCUCCUCCACCAUGGCUGGUGCCCGGGGUGCUGAGUCAGUGGGAAAGGAGGAAUCCAAGGGUCUCUGUUAGCUUUUAAAGUCUCUGUCACUUCCACUCCAAACUCAUUAGCCGAACUCUGUAAAAUGGUGCCACCCGCCAUAAGAGGGCCAAGCAGCUGAGUCCUGCCCUGUGCCCAGGAGGAGAAAAACCAAUGUUAGGUGAGCAGCAGUAGUGACCAGCACAUACACCACACCGUACAUUUCUUCCUCCUUUUUUCUCCCUGGUUUGGCUAAUUACACCUCAGGUAAACUUGAUAGGAUACACAUUAAGCCUCUUUAAUUCCAUUCCUCCUUUCACUUUUGUGUUCCAAAACUUUUUCAAGUACUGCAAAAUACCUUCUCCCUUUCCUUUGAGUGAGCCAUUUGUGAGACAGAAGGAAAGGUCUUACUUAAGUCUUGAAGUGAAAUACAUAUUGAAGAGCUAGGACUGCUAACCCCGAAAGCUUCUGAAAUAAGUACAGAUUCCUUCUGCUCUUUGCAAAUGGCUCCCUGGGCUUCCUCACCCUGCUAAAUGUAAACUGGUCUUUCCUCCAUUAGUCAAUAUUAAAGACAAAUAAUGCUCACAUUUACUUCUUACUGUUUUUGCUUAAUCCAGCUAUAUUGCAAUAGGAUUAAAUAGUAUUAUUUUCUAUCAAUUUUAAAUUAAAAUGCACCCAUUAUGGGUCCAUAAAUCAAAUGAACUACUGUGUGGUAAAUUGACUGCGUUGUCACCAGUUUAAAUUGGCUUCUGAGGGAAAUUGUAUUCUAAAUUCCAGACAAUGAAUGGGUUUGCAAGCCUCAUUUUAAAAUGCAGCCUUUCCCCUGGCUGGUAUAGCUCAGUGGAUUGAGUGCAGGUCUGCAAACCAGGGGAUCGCAGUUCAAUUCCCAGUCAGGGCACAUGCCUGGGUUGCAGGCCAGUUCCCAGCAGGGGACACACUAAAGGCAACCAUACAUUGACAUUUCUCUCCCUCUCUCCUUCCCAUCUAAAGAUAAAAAAAUAAAUAAAUAUUUAAAAAAUAAAAAAUAAAAUAAAAUGCAGCCUCUUUCUAGGUUGGACUGUCUUUCUAUAGCAUAUUUAUAUAUAAUCAGAACACCAGAAUAAAUGUUGUGUUUUAAUGGAUGAUUAUCCUCUACUGUAUUCAUGGGUAAUUAUCUUUGGAAAAAUUAGAAUAUGUAAAAACAUAUUUCAAAAUUUUAUGAGUACAAUUUUUCCUUUCAUUCUUCAUUUUUUCUACAUUGAUCCAGAUCAGAAACUGUAGUGUUAUUUUUGACUACUCUUUAUAUUUCUCUCUCUCUCAUUUAUUUAGCCAUUCACUCACUCAGUCAUUCAGCAACUAUUUAGUGAGCAUCUACUUGUGCCAGCCACAAGGCAAAGUCCUGAAGAAAUUUGAAAAAUACAGUCUGUACCGUUAAGGAGAUUCUGGGUAGUGGGGAGUCACAUGCCAUCAGUUAUAGUACAGUUGACUAUUGAACUUGAACAACAUAGGUUUGAACUGUAUGGGUGCACUUAUACACAUUUUUUUUUCAAUAAAUGCUGUAAAUAUAUUUUCUCUAGCCUACAUUAUUGUGAGAAUACAGCACAUAAUAUGUAUAUCAUACAAAGCAGGUGUUAAUCAUCUGUUUUUGUUAUUGGUAAGGCUUUCAGUCAACAGUAUGCUCUUAGUAGUUAAGUGUUGGGGGAGUCAAAAGUUCUGUGUGGAUUUUUGACUGUGUGGAGUGGGGGAGUUGGAGCCCAUAACCCCCGUGCAUUCAAGGGUCAACUGUACAGUAAGAUCAUCAGUAUAUUGAGGUGCACAAAGAGCAGCAGAAGCAGAGAUGAGACAUCUGGAUCUACCUGAAGGUGUCAGGUAAGGCAUCAGAGUGGAGGUGGCUUUUGACCAGCCAGCAGGUGAGGGAGUUCCAGCACAUUGUGGAGCUGUGAGAGAACAAAAUUUCCCGUUGUGUAUGGAGCUUCUGAUGCAAAAGAGGAAAUGAAUGGGCUGGGGGCCAGGAAUAAGCUUGAGUUGCUGAGCAGAGAACAGAAUACCAAGGACUUUGCCUGCCUUUCAGAAGUUUGUGUUUCAUCUGAGAAAUAAGGGAGCCAUUGAAGACUUUAGAGCAGAAGAAGGACUGCAUCGGAUUUGGUGGCAAUGUGGAAAGCUGGUCCGGAGAGCCAUGACCCUAGAUCAGGGCUUCUUAACCCAGUCCUUGGACUCGCAAGAGGUCCAUGGAUGGAUACUUGGGUUGGGUUGUGUGAACUUGGAUAGGAAAAAAAUUACAUUGUUAUUGUCACUAAAUUCUAACUGAAAUUGAACAUGUCCUUCAAAUAUGAGUCUGAACAGCAGAUCAUAGUAGAAUUUGCAGAAUAUGUAAGUUUAUCACCAGUAGAAAUCCAGUAUUUUGGUAUCAUAGUACAGUUGAUACAGAUAUCCCAAAGUACUCUUCACAUGUUUCACUAAACCCAAAUAACUAGCCAUCAGACCCACGAUACAUCUUGUUAUUUAAUGAAUUAAUAAAGGAGUGCAUAUAUUAUUACAUCACAAAUUUGAUAUGAUAUGUGCAUAUUAAUAGCAUUCAUCUUUUGUGAUCUGUGUGUUUAAUUUUAUGAUUUAAACACAGUGUCCUGAGAAUGGGUCCAUAGUCUUCACUUGACUUUCCAAGGGGUCAAAAGAGGUCAGAACUCAUGGGCCAGAGGAAGGUGCCUGAAGCAGUAGUGGGAAGGAGGGUUCAUUGCUGUUAUUUGAGUCUUAAACUUUUAUCAAAGUCAUACAUGUAAGUGUGGUUUCAAAAAAUCAAGUAGUAUGGAAAAGACAAUAAAAAACCACUAUGCCUUACUCCUCUCCAUAUGCAAUACUAUACUUUUUUUUUUUUUAAACUUACAGUGUUUUCUAGUUAGACUGGAAAUUCUGUGCAGGAAAUGCCUUAUAAUCCCCACUAUGUUUUUCAUUUUAGGUAUUGAAUAAAUGACAUAGAUUCCAAAGGCGCUUCCUCUUUCAAGGUCCUUAUGUACAUUGAUUGUACCCUAUUGUAGUUGUAAAAGUCAUACCAGCUGUGACACUCAUAGACAUGGUGCUUUUAUCUAAAAUUCUCAAGUUUUCUGCCAUUUGCCUUCACAUAAAAUAACACAAUGUGCAAAUAAAAAUUUCUUUUACCUGUGCUACUUGUUUUUGAGUGAGUUUAGUGUGAUGGUGUGUUGAAUAAUCCUAUGUAAUCUUAAAUCAGAAAUUGAGAAGAUGGACUUGAAAUUUCUACCUAUUAUUUUUGGGGGGACGGUGCCUGUUCUGUCUUGGUAGUAGUGCUUAAUUUUCAUAUUGUUGCCCAUGCCGAGUUGCAAGUGGAAUUGAAGCUGAGGUCUUUGAUUGGCUGGCUGUGCUCUUAUGAGGUCAAGAAACAUAUAUGUGGUUUGAUGUAUUUUAAUGGUUGACCGAUGAAACUGAUGUCUGGCACUUUUUCUAGGAAACACACAUUGAGAUAUCUCCAAGUUGAUUUGUAGGAACUUAAUGUUACUACAACUUUGUGGCAGAACUUUUUCUCAAGUGACAGAAGAAAUAAAGGAACUUCAGUUUUGAGGGCCCUUAACAGCACCUUCCAUAGUGCCAAAGUAGAGGAGUACUGGACUGUUAAUACAGAUUUAUGACAAAAUUAAGCAAGUAUCUGGACUUUGAAGAGUUACUGAUAACAGUAAAAUACCGUUUUAGCUACCGACACUAGCCUAGCCCCCAAACUUCUAGAAAAAGGCACCUUUUCCUCUUAUCUUUUAAAUAACAUUUCUCAAUGCAGUAAACCUGGAGACUACUUGGAUUAACCUGGAAAUUUGAUUGCUGCUUUCUGUUCUUGCUGUUUUUUGGAGGGAGGUGGAGCACAGUUUGGGAGAAACCCGGACUCUGGAAAAGUUAGUUUCUCAAUUUACACAUGAAAAUCACAGUCCUUUUCUUCAUUAAUAUUAUAAAUAGUUGAAGAGCACAUUAGAGAUAGGUAAUGAAGAAAUGAGAGCUAUUACCUGGUAAUACAAUGAGUUAACUUUUCUUUUAACUUACUGGUUUCUCCCUUAACACUAACUGGCUGGAGAGCAAGUUCAUACUUGUUGACACUGUAGUUAAGCCUCAGAAUACUCUUGGAGCAAAAUGACUUUUUUAAGAUGCUUUUUUGAAAUACAAUUUUUAGAGGAGGAGAAUUUUAGAUUUGGAAGAAAUAUUUAAGCUGCAGACCUUCAAAGCCAACUUGUUAAAAAAUUGAAUGAGCAGGUUAAUGAAGCACGGGAAGAGAAAACUUUUAUAGUUAACAAAGGAGGUGAAAACCCGGACUCGGCGCGAGACUGGAAAGCAUUGACUUUGAUUUACAUAUACAAGACCAGAACAGGAACAGCGGCAGAUAUUUCUAGGAACUAGUUAAGGGAGAAUGCAAAAGAAGAGUUAGGAGAAGAAAGUGCUUGUCUGUGGGAGGAGGAAUCUCCGAAUAGUUUUCGUACUUCCUACUUUAAAAUCUUCAAGUUUCCUACAGGGUCUGGCUUGCGGGCUACGACGGGCGCUCACACUGUCCGCUGGGAAGUCAUCUUGGCGCCACUGGCUGAUGGAGAAACCCUUGUUUGUGUGUGCCCUGCUCGAGUGUGGAGCCCAGUCGCCCUGUGGCUGGGGCUGCUCCUCCCAGUCAUGUACCAGCGCCGCUCCUGGCUCCUGGACCUCCUGCAAUAUAGCCUAGGAAGAAAGGAGAUACUAGAAACUCGCCGAUGUCAACGUGUUUAAUAUUGAAAGCAUACCAGAUGAGUUGGGUAUUGAGAGUAAACAGCUGGGUUACCAUUUUGCCGUGUAUGGAAUAGGUUAACAUCUGUUCACUUAGACUUAAGUAUCCUGCUGGAGAUGAGAAUGUGGCUAAGCAAAGUGGCUUCCAUGGAUUGGCUCAGAAAAAAGCAUCCUUUCUGUUUUUGUUCAUGUACUUUUACUAUAACCUUUUAUUAGGAGCUAGUUUUUCAAUUCAUCUAACAGCAAUGACAUGGUUAUUACCAUGGUUAGAAAUCUAGUCAGUUUAGAAGGUUAUGAACUGAAAAAUAAAAUUGCCAACCCUCCAGUCCCACUCUGCAGAAGUGAAUGGUGUUAAAAGUUUCUUUUUAUUCCAGAAUUUUUAAAUGCAAGGUAAGCAUAUACUUAAAUUGUUUUUAAAAGCAAGCAUGAAUAAUAUUGUACAUUCUGCUCUGCAAUUUGCUUUUUAAAUUUAGUAUUUGGGAUUUCUCUAUAUUUGCAUAGCUUUAUAUAUCUUUUAUUGUCACAAAAAGCACUAACUCAUUUAUAGACAUUUGCACAGUAUUCCAUGGUAUAAAAUGCACCGUCAUUCAUUGAAUUAGUCCCAGAUCAGCUGACAUUUAGGUUGUUUCCAGCUUUCUGCUAUUACAAACAGUGCAGGAAACGUCUCUGUGGUAAGGUUUCUGUGUGCUUCUAGGGAUACAUAUGAUGAGUAAAUUUCUAGUAGUGGAAUUUCAGGGCCAAAGGAUAUGUGCAUUAACAUUUUACUGGGUAUUUGCAAAUCAUAUUCCAAAAUGGGUACACCAAUUAAGUUUUCAGGCUUAAAUAAGUCAGUCUCUUUUAAGUCAUAAGUAUAAUUGAGAGGUUUUCUUAAAAUAGUUAGUUUUUAAAUGGCAUAUUCUGUACUGAAACCAAAUAAGCUCGUUCAUUUGCUAAUUAAAGGACCUGGAAGUCAAAUCUCCAUUUCAGGGAGUGUCUCUGGAGGGCUGAGUGCUGGGCCCUGGGGCCUUUAAACCCAGCCAGAGGCGGCUGAGCGCAGCAGCUGGGAAAGCCUUGGAGCCGGCAGACGCCCGGGGUUGAGGGGCAGGCACAUGGCUUCCUGCUUUGUGGCUCCAGAUAAAACGGUCUUUAGAAAUCCUGGGGCAGAACUGAAAAAAAAAAUUUGAUGUUUACUAAUAUCAUUUUGUAUUAGUUGUUUUUAAAAGACACCGACGAAGCACAAGCGUGGUACAAAAUCCUUCCUCCUCCGCUCCCUGUCAUCCCCAGUCUGUCCCCUUCCCCAGCUCUCUUGUCUCUCUCUUUUGUGUUGGUUUCUUUUUCAUACCAACCACUUACCAGAAUCCUCUGCACCCCCUCGUGAUACCAGAAGGGUGGCCAGUUUGGGGGACAAUGGAAUUGAUUUAUUGCGACUGAAAGGUGGUUCUGCAGAGGGAAUUAACUAUGCCAGUGGUUAGGACCACACUGCCCCGACUCCGUAGGUUUUCCCCUCCUCUGCUUAUGACUCCAGAUGCUUAGAGCAUUCUACCUAUACUACAGCACACUUUAUUUCUUGUUUUUAAGUUUUGUUUAAAUCAUUAACACCUAUUAUACAUGAAACCGACCUAUAACCAGGAUCAAGAUGUAAGUCAAGUUGCAAGAAAACCUGUGGUUCAAGUUGCUAGUAAGUUGCUUAAUAAGUGAUCACAGUAGCACUUACAAUACUGUUUAGAUUAUAGCCAACUCUUCGGGAAUUAUGGAACUUUGACAAAUAUUUUAUUUCACAAAUUAUCUGCUUGUUUGGAAAAUGGCCCUUUCUAAACCCAGCUCUCUCACCCUCAAAACUCAUCCAAAGGAAAAACACAGUCUUGCCAGAGUAGGAUCUAGGUGUCACUACAAAGGAAAAAACAAACAAGCAAACACGCCCUAAACUAAACUAAAAUGAAUUUCCCUUUUAAGGUCUGAAUCUCUGGCUUUGUAAGCUACUUCAUUAUCAGACAGAGAAGCUUAUGCCUUAAAGUAAAGGAAAUAAACCUACAGGCACAGAGAGCCUGUCUGGUCAGAACUCUUCAUUUCAAACUCUGAAUUUCCCUGCAACACUCUAGAAGCCCGCAGGAAGCCAGGAGGUGAAAUGGAUUGUUCCGUGUUGUCCCUAAAUAGAACGUUCUUCACAACUGGCAGGAAGCACCUGGGGGCUGCUUUAGAAAUUUGAAAAUAAGUUGUUUUUUAAAUAAGAAGGGAAAAAUAAACUGGUUUCUAACUUCAGCUGCUUUUAACAUUUUCACACACAUACAUUUUUAUAAUCUGAUUUCUGAUGAUAGUGAAUUCAAAUUAAAAAUGCAUUUUAAAUUUAGGAAAGAGUGCAGAUAACACCAAGAUAGAAAAUUAAGAUAGAAAAUUUUAGCUUAACUCUGAGUCUCCUUUUCUUUGACUAAAAUUGACAUUCAAUAUUAGAGUACUUUCAUUUUUACAGCUAUUCACAUAUUCUUAAAAAAAGCUUAAAAGUGAAACAAAGAUGUUUCUUGACUAUUACAAUCUCUACUGCCUACAUCUUUUAACUUUUUAAGUUCACUAAGACUUUAGAAGAUACUCUUUCCUAAAUCUAUCCUUCAAUUGACAGUUUACUGGGAAUUGAUAUGAUUUCCUCAUUUUUACAAUAUUUUUCAUAAGAAGAAGUAUUCUGGUUCACUUUAUUAUUCUUAUCUUAUUUCUCUAGAUGUAAGAGAAAUUCUUUUCUAAAUUGAAAAGAAUUUCUCAAUUCUUUUCUUUUGUAAAUUUAAUUCAUUCUAGAGAAUUCUGUUGUUCUGACAGCUGAUAAUAGGACUCCAUAUUUACCCAAAUUUCUAGGAAGAAUGUUACGUAAAGGAGUUAGUGCAGGAAUAUCAGCUCACAGACUCUGAAGUUAAGGGAGAAAUUUGUCCUGCUAGAUCAUUAGUCAUUUAAAACCUUGUGUUUUAAAUAAAAAUUAAAAAAAAAAAAACUUCACCAUUAUAUAACCAGUACUUUAAGAAAAUUUUACUACAUUCUGUUAGUAUGUCAAAUUGAAUAAUCCAACCAGAAACACAGGGCGUCGAUUCUUGUCAGCAAUACUUUAAAAGUGGAGAUUUAUUAAAAGUUCUUUUAUUACCUUGAUUUUGUUACUUUUGCAAAAUAUGUGAUGGGUAUUAAACUUAGAUUUACUGGGGCACUUAAUAUCUUGUCAAAAUGAAACAAGUCUUUUUUGUCAUAAAUUUUAUUGAUUUAAAAGCAUUUGUGAAGGGAGAUGGUUAUGCUUUUGGAAUCUCACUCAUUCCGAAAAUAAAAUAUGCUUUACCUCUUUUUUUUCCUUUUAUAGACAGACAUGUUACCGAUUCCAUGUAACUUCAGGAAUACUUCACAUAUUUUAACUAACUUUGUGAUUUCAGUUUCACGAAUGAGUGGUGCUUUAGACUGCUCCUCUUUCGAUACCUGGUUUGUGUGCUUUGGAAGACAUGCCUCAUGCUCGGUCAUUACAAAUUCAGUUGAAAGACCCAUCCUGUGUACCACUCCUUGUCCUGAUUCCAGAAUUUCAAGUGGGCUGGUUGUCCACUUUAAUGUACCUUUUGAGAAUAAAUUAACUCUCCAA